UCCUGUAUACUUAGCCAGCCAGCUGAAGCUUCCUGCUUCCACUGACUAAGCCUUGUAUCCUGUACAUAUAUACCCAGGCAUCAUAUCAAAGUCGACCUGAAGACACGGCAAAUGGGCAAUUACCACAUUUCCGACCGCAAGCCAACCAGUUAGACAUCAGUCGUAGCAUUAGACCUACCGACACGAAAGUUGCAUAGCAUCUCGAGACCAAUCACCACACCGUCUCUUGACGUAUCCCCUCUAAGAACCUCGAUCAAAAUGCCCGAACACGUUGCACACGAACCGAUCAGACCUCGCCGGUCAGAUGCGAGCGCUGCUAGCGAUGAUUUGAGCAUAUACGAUGAUGCGAAGACAUACUAUACCUCCGACGCCCGGCACAUAAAUCGCUUUCACAAAAGACAUAACACGCAGUCUCAUACCACUAUGACCCGAGAGUUGGAGCUGCUGGGGCUCCAAGGUAGACACAGACGCGGUAGUCACGACGAGGCUAGCACUCCACAAUCGCGUCAGUUUCUAAUCGAUGUCGAUCACACCCUCGAAAGUCUUCGGGCCCAAGAGGAUACCGAUGAUAAUAUGCAGAUUACGAUCGAAGAUAAAGGUCCGAAGGUACUGUCGGUAGGGACAGCCGCGUCGGCCGGCCAUAAUCGUUUCGAUAUUCGAGGGACAUAUAUGCUUUCAAACCUUUUGCAAGAGUUAUCUCUCGCUAAAGAAUAUGGGAGAAAACGGAUCAUCCUAGAUAUCGGUCGCCUCAAUGAGAACCCCGUCAGCCGUCUAUCUAGGCUUAUCAAGAAUCAAUUUUGGGAGGGCCUAACUCGUCGCAUUGAUGCCUCGAGUAUUGAAAUUGCUGCCAAGGACAAAAAAGACUGGACUGAAGAUCCACGACCACGCAUAUAUGUCCCGCACGGUGCGCCAGAACAAUAUGAGUAUUAUCUUCAACUGGCGCGCGAGAGACCAGAGCUUCGACUAGACGUUCAAAAGCUCCCUGAAGUGAUCACUCCAGAUGUUGUACUAAACUUAAAUGAUAAUCCUGGUCCCGGCCUUUUGGCUACUGCAAUGGAAGAACACGUUGACCCGAACACGGGAGAGAAGACCCUAAGAGGUGUUCCUUUCGUCGUGCCGGGAGGAAGAUUCAACGAGCUAUACGGCUGGGAUAGCUACAUGGAGUCGCUAGGACUUCUCGCUAACGACAAAGCUCAUCUAGCCAAAGCGAUGGUUCAGAACUUUUGCUUUUGUAUCAGGCAUUACGGUAAAAUUCUGAACGCUACCAGAUCUUACUAUCUCACGAGAUCCCAGCCGCCAUUUUUGACAGAUAUGGCAUUACGAGUAUACGAAAAGAUCCAACAUCAGCCAGGCGCGAAAGAUUUUCUGAGGGACGCUAUGAUUGCUGCAAUCAAAGAAUACUAUACCGUAUGGAUGGCGGAGCCUCGGCUAGAUCCGAAGACAGGCUUGUCUAGGUAUCGACCUGAAGGGCGUGGUGUUCCUCCGGAAACCGAAGCAAGCCACUUUGUGCAUAUCCUCGAGCCCUACGUGGAAAAGCACAAAAUGCCCUUCAAGGAAUUUGUGAGAGCUUACAAUCACGGGGAGGUUGUCGAACCGGAUCUAGACGAGUACUUCUUACAUGACCGAGCAGUGCGAGAGUCCGGACAUGAUACCACCUACCGAUUAGAGAAGGUCUGUGCCAAUCUCGCCACGAUUGACCUGAAUUCUUUAUUAUUCAAAUAUGAGAUGGACAUUGCUCGUACUAUUCGCAACGUCUUUGGUGAUCACCUUACGAUACCCGCCGAAUGGUGUAGCGGGUCGAUGGAACCUGGUCAAGUCGAAACUUCAGCAACUUGGGAUCGCCGCUGGAGACGACGCCGCGCUGCCAUUGAUAAAUACUGCUGGAAUGAACAGGAAGGAAUGUAUUUCGACUAUGAUACCGUGAAAGAGGCGCAAUGCACCUAUGAAUCGUGCACCACGUUCUGGCCCCUAUGGGCAGGCGUUCCGGACCCUGCUAAGGCAGCUAGAGUGGUGAGUAGCGCCGUGCCAAAAUUUGAAGCUUACGGCGGCUUGCUCUCCGGAACGGAGAAAUCCCGCGGGGAAGUCAGCCUGGAGAGACCAAAUCGACAGUGGGACUAUCCAUAUGGGUGGGCGCCGCAGCAGAUGCUCGCCUGGACCGGCCUUUAUCGAUAUGGGUAUGCGGACCUCGUGCAGAGGCUGGCGUAUAAAUGGCUGUUCAUGAUUACAAAGGCAUUCUUCGACUUCAACGGCGUUGUGGUAGAGAAAUACGAUGUUACACGUCCGGUCGACCCUCACCGCGUAGACGCCGAGUACGGCAACCAGGGGCUGGACUUCAAAGGCGUAGCGAAAGAAGGCUUCGGAUGGGUCAAUGCCAGCUAUGUCUAUGGCCUUCAAUUCAUUAACACCGACAUGAAGCGGGCACUCGGUACUGUCACACCCUGGGAAACAUAUGAGAAGGCUCAGAAAGCAAGAGAAGAGAAGUUUUUCAACGAUCCGGUGUAAUCGCUCUUCUGGUGUUCAUAGUCUGCCUGUAAAGACCACUGCAAGCUAGCUUUAGCUUGUAGACUAGCAUAGAAAGUGAAUUUUACAUGAUCAAGUUUCAGUACAGCCUGCGUAUUCUUACACGACCAUUUG